UACAGGUAAACAUUUCAAAUUGGAUUGACGUCGUUCAAAUGGCAGAGUUCAAAUUAGACACAGGACAAACUUCAGUAGAAGAUAUUCAACCAAAAUCUAACAACUAUUGUGGUCCUUGUGAAACAAGACUUGUGACAAGAGCGCCAAAGUAUUGGUGUAACUCUUGUAAAGAAGGUUUGUGCGCUGAAUUUUUUGAACACCAUAAAGCCAUCAAGGCAUCUAGAAGUCACAUAACUGUAGAAUUUACCAAAUUUAUGAAACUAAAGCCGUUUAUAGCAACUAUCGAAACGGAAUGUAAGAUACAUGGCCUUCCAUUUGAACUUUAUUGUCCUAAUCAUGAAGCGACUUGCUGCUCUUUUUGUGCAACACUAGAUCAUUCGACAUGUCUUGGAUUAAAAUCUCUUCCAAAUGUUGUUGCAACAUUUAGGGAGUCAGAAUAUCUAAAUCAUCUUGACCAGAGGUUUGAUGUUUUAGUAAACAAUAUCGACAAAAUAAUUGAAAAUCGUGCGAGCACUAAAAAGACAAUUAGUUAUCAGUUGAGGAAAAGUCGAUCUGAUAUACAAACUUUGAGAAAAGAAAUCAAUACUCAUUUAGAUAAUUUAGAAAUUCAUCUAGCUUCAAAGAGUGACAAAAUUAUCGAAGACGAAACGAAAAGUAUUGAAAAAAUUCCCCAAAAGUUAGAAGAAAAGAAACGCAACGUGAAUCAACUCAGAAACAACUUUACAGAGUUAAAAAGAGGUGGAACUAAUUUACAAGUAUUUAUAUCCAGCAAGCAGAUAGACAAAGCCAUUUCAAAAGAAGGUGAAUCAUUGAACUCCGUGAUGGCAGAAGAAAAGAUGUCAGAGUUAAAUUUGAAGUUUACAUUAGACCCUAAUUUGAAAGAUUCAAUCGGUCAACUUUUAGAUGUUCAUCUUGAAAAGGACAAAUCUACGGUUAUAUUAGACUCAUCAACAAACCUUUCGUGUCAAAUUGUUUCUGAAGAUGUGACUAAAGUAACGGCUAUUCUCCAAACUAACUUCGAUAAAUCUGUUUUUCAGAAAACUUCAAAUGUUACCAGUAUUACUAUCAUACUGCCAGAGAAAAAGAUAGUAGUUGCUGAUUUUGACAACGAUUCAAUAUUUGUGUUCUGCUCAGACGGAAGCAUUUUGAAGUCUAUUAGAUUUAAUUCCUCGAUCUCGCCAUUUGGUGUGGCAUGUAUAGACAAGGGUCGUUUUGCCGUUUCUUUUCCUUAUAACUGUACAAUAAAGAUAUUUGAAACAACGGAUUACACUGAAGUACAAGCUAUUGAAUUAAAGAACUAUUGCUGGGGCAUACAAUGUGUAAAUAACCUCAUUAUUGUGGCUAGUAAGAGAAAGGAAAUUUUACUGUUAGAUCUAUCUGGAAAUGUUGUCAAAAUAUUCCAAGCAGAUCAAAAUAACUUAAUUUAUGUGCAUACAUUUAAAGACGUAUAUUUUUGUUCCGAAUUAGAACAAGGGUGUGUCAAUUGUUACCAUUCCCUUGGAACUAAACUGUGGCAGUUUAAAAGUGAAAAUACCAAAGGCCCACGAACUUUGUGCCCUGACGCUUAUGGUAAUUUAUUUGUUGCUUGUAAAGAUUCUAACAGUGUUGUAGUUAUUUCUAAAGACGGUAAACAAAGCAAAGUGGUUUUGAAUGUUACAGAACCUAAGAGUGUCUAUUUUGACAUCAGGAAUUCUAUUUUGUAUGUCUGCAGUCAACAUGGUAAUCACUUUUCGUCUCACAGAAUACUUCACUGUUAAAUGCUUGCAUUAUACGAGUUAUGUUCAUCUCGUAUAUCUUAUGAUGGUAUGAUAUAAACGGGAGGGAUUGUGCUUGAUUUUCAUAUACUGUAGACAUAAUCUUUCAAUCAGUUUAGUUGAGGUCUAUCUGGUGCUGGCUUGUCAGUACUUGCUACUAGUCCUUUGCUAAUUUAUGUUAUCAUUGUCAUUGUCAUUUUGCUUAGUUUCUUCUGUUACCUAUUCUAACAUCGGACUCUGACUUUUAAACUGAGUUUUACUGUGCGUAUUUAGGAUGUAAACAACUAUCGUUCACCGUAUUACCAAUAAUCGGUCAACAAUGGGCAAAGUUUUUUCUAUAUAGUACGCUAUAAAAAAACCUUAAUCUUAAUUCAAACAACAAUUCUGAAGAAAAAUCAACAGUCUGAUUUCUCCCGUUCGACAAAAAAAAAAAAAAAAAAAAAAAAAAAAAAC